GUGGAAAUAGGGGAAGGGGUCAGAUUUAUCCUGAUGGUAGCAAAAGUAACAAUACAGUUUAUAAUGCUACGGCAGGAGGGAUAAUAAGCAAAAUUUUACGAAAAGAAAAAGGGGGAUACGAAAUAACCAUAGUGGAUGCAUCGAAUGAACGCCAAGUAAUUGAUAUUAUCCCUCGAGGACUAGAACUUCUUGUUUCAGAGGGCGAAUCCAUUAAACUCGAUCAACCAUUAACGAGUAAUCCUAAUGUGGGUGGAUUUGGUCAAGGGGAUGCGGAAAUA